GCGCAACGACUGCCCCCUGCUGGUCUUCAAUCACAACACCUGAGAAGUAGUUAAAUAAAAUCAAUUAAACAAUAAUAAAUAAAGGUCUUAACAGACGAUCUAAAAGCUAGUUUUAACAUAAAAAACAUCCCUGUUUCGCAAGAUGACUGCUGCCGACGAAAGGGGAAUAUUUACAAAGUUAGAGGCCAUUAAAGAGAUAAGAUCAAAGACUAUUCAAUUAGAAAAACUAAAAGCCCGUUUAAUAUGUGAAGUAGAAUCUCAGGAACAGGAAGAAAAAUCUCUCACUGAAUACAAACAAGAAAUGGAUCUUCUAUUGCAAGAGAAAAUGUCCCAUGUAGAGGAAUUGAGACAAAUUCACGCCGACAUCAAUGCAAUGGAGGGUGUUAUAAAGCAAGCAGAUGAAAGCAGACAGAGAGCUAUGAAUGCAACGUUGCGUCUGCAUGAAGAGUACUUGCCAUUGAAAAAUGAAAUCGAUCGUCUAAGAAGGGACAAUUUGGGUUUAGAAAGACUUCCAGACCUUCACGAAGAAGAGGGGUCAACAAUAACACCGGAGAAAGUUUCACAACUUUAUAAUUCUGCAAAAAGUCAGUCCCCGUCAUCAUAUAGUAAAACUGCUGAUUGGACCAGGCCUAUUGCUCCAUCAGAUGGCUCAUUAGGCUCUUUAGGACCGCCACUGCCACCUACUUUCUUGCCCCCUCCGAACCCAUUAAGAUUGGUAACUAAUAAACCCGAUCCCGGAAGAUCUGGAGGUCUUGGCCCGUCUUCCCAUUCUGGACCACCCACACCUACUUUCAGGUCGGAACUUCUGAGACAACAGCCGCCACCUAUGAAGUCUUGCCUUAGUUGUCAUCAACAGAUACACAGAAAUGCCCCAAUCUGUCCAUUGUGUAAGGCCAAGUCCAGAUCUCGUAAUCCAAAGAAGCCCAAGAAAAAGGAUCACUAAAUUUAAACAUAUUUGAAAUUAGAACCACUCUUUCGUUUCUUGCGAAUUUACGUUAUGUACUUCUGUCUACACUUCACGGCAAUUGUCUUUCAGAUACAAUUUAAAAAGCGUGUGGCUAUGUAUGUAUCUCUUUUGAUUAUGUCGAUGUUCAAAGGGUAGGUAAGCUGUCUGAUAAUUAACCGGGCAAGAUUUCCUCUUCGAAAUUUAUUCAAUUUUAUUACAAUAUAGUGUAAUCUUCGUGGA